AUGUUUUUAUUCGAAAUUUAAUUUUAUGAAGAUAGUUUUGAUGAAUUAUUAGUUAAAAAAAGUUUUUAUGAUUUAAUAUUUGAAAAACUAUUGCUGUAACUCUCUGUGAAUAAAAUAGAACCUAAUUUUUAUUAAUAAAUACCAUUCUUAGAAAUAGACUAAGUUGAACUUUUUCUAUCUUAAAUAUUUUACUAUAGUUCGUUUGUUUACCUUUAUGUAUUUUGUUAAUUAUUUACUAAAUCUGCUAAACAAUUAAUAUUAGUACUUUAGCUUUUCCUACUGACUUUUCUUAGAUUUAUAUUAUAAUAAUAGGACGAUUAUAAAUUUUAUUCUUUAUUGCUAGGAUUACUAAGUUAUUCUCUUAAUUCAUUUUAGUUUUAAGAGCAUUCUGUAAAGUUUUUUGAGUAAUUUUCUUAAGGGUUAAGUACAUAGUCUUAAAAACUAACUAAACUUGUAUUUUUACUAUUGAAUACUGGCUCUCUAUAAUAAGUUUAGCUUUUAUUAGAUGCAGGAGAGGUAUUAAAAUUAUUGCUUGAUCUUCUGCUACAAUCUUAAAAAAAUUUACUUGCCUAAGGAGAAUUCUAAGACAAGUUUUUUUAGUGA